UUUGUGAUGGCUGUUCUGUGCCGAAUGUUUGCAAUCUUUAAGUAAUUCUCGUCGUUGUAAGUAGUUUUAAGUAAUCUGUAUGUUCGUAAUUUGUUGUUGCUGCGCAUUGCUGUUACGAAAGAUUGAAGGUACAUAUCUUUUAAACGUUGGUCGAUGGAUGGAAUUAUUUGUGAUGGAUUUAGGACAGAUGAUAUGGGAGAGUGCCAGACAUAGCCAAAACCACAUUCCUCUAGCGUCUUGCGGACUCCAGAAGCCCAGCAUUUAGCGCCUAAUGUGUCCAGUUUACGUUGACACAAAAGAGCGUCUGCUGAUAGACUAUCAGCUGGCACGUUCUGGCGUACUCUAAUAUACUGUUUGAUGGCGUUAAGGGAUGCUUCUAGUUUAAGAGGGUGUCUUCCAAGUUCUGCCAUUACGGCCAGGUUACAUGCGGAUCUGGGGACAUUUAAUGAUUGUUUACAAAAUUUUAAAUGGAUAGCUUCAAUUGGUGAUGAUUUUGGAGUUUUGAAUAAACCCCAUAUUUCCGAACCAUACAACAAAAUAGGUUUCACGCAUGUGUCAAAUAGCUUGCUUCUUACGGAUAUAGAAGCGUCGGCUUUGCCAAGGGAUUGGUUGAUUCCAUAGAGGGCUCUCAGGCCUUUGCUGUGCAGAUAUUUGUUAUUUGCCUUGAACGUGCCAGCUGAGUUUACAACAAUGCCCAGGUAGCAAUAAUUUGUAACAAUUUCUACUACAUGUCUUUUAUAUAGAAAAAGGCAGUCUUUUGGUAGGCGGCCACCUUUCGUAAAUACAAUGACUUUAGUUUUCUUUAGAUUAACAUUCAACUUCCAUGAUUCACAAUAAUUUUCUAAUCUACUUAGAGAAGUUUGCAGACCCUGUUGAGAUUCAGACAAAAGUACCAGGUCAUCUGCAUAUAACAAACAUGACACUUUCUUAUCGUGCAAUAUAGGAGGGUUACAGGAAUGGUCAUUAAACACAUCUGGUAAAUCACUUAUGAAUAAAUUAAACAAAGUUGGACUAAGAUUACAGCCUUGUCGAACCCCACAGUUAGUUACAAAAGUUUCGGUAAGACCGUGGCUAGUUUUAACACAAUUUGUUGUUUUGGAAUACAUGUCUUUUAUAGUGAGUAGAAAUUUCCCUCCUAAUCCAAGUUUGUUUAAUUUCAGUAGAAGGCCUUCUCUCCAAACCGAGUCAAACGCCUUGCUAAAAUCUACAAAACAGGCAUAAAUUCGUGCGUUUUUGCUCAGAUAUUUGCUAACUAAGGUGGAUAAUACGAAAAGGUUGUCAGUUGUUCUAAAGUUCUUUCUAAAACCGGCCUGUUGUGGUUUGAAAAGGCUGUAAUGUUCUGCAUAAUUAACUAGACGGGUAUUCAGAAUAGAUGAGAAUAGUUUUCCCAGACAACUAAUAAUGGAUAUUCCUCGAUAGUUGUCUGGGACAGAAGUGUCCCCGGAUUUAUGAAUGGGUACAAUAUGACUUAGUGACCAUUCUUUAGGGAAGUAAGUAUUUUGUAGACAGGAAUUGAAAAGAUGUAGAAGUGGUUUCUUUAGGAUAUGUUUUCCACAUUUAAACAUUUCAUUAUUAAUCAUGUCGCCACUGCUAGAUUUUUUGUUUUUUUUAGAUUUGAUAUAGAGGUGUCCAAUUCUUUCUCUGUUAUAAGGGAGUCUAAUAUGGAGCUCUCCAUUGGGAUUGUAUUUGAAGGGGAUGAAGUGUCUACGGUUUCAGUGGUUGAAGCGUCUAUGUUACAGAAACCAUUUGUUAAAUGUUUGUCCAGGUUACUAAAGUGCUGUAUUCAGUCCUCUUCUGAUAUUAUUGUCUUUUCAAGACCGGAGUCUGUUUCUACAGGUGACGCGGAAGACAUUGGCAACAUGUGGGGGAAGUGGGCUCUCAUCUUCUGCGUGAUGGCAACAUUGUCUGAUGCAGAACAAAUUACACAUGUUAAUAACAAGACAUGCCCAGUGGAUGUCAUGUUCCUCCUGGACGGUUCCUGGAGCAUGGGCCCGGAGAUAUACCAGAAGGAGAAAGAAUACGUCGUGAACGUGGUCAAAUGUCUGAGCAUCAAGAAUUUCACCGUGGGUGUGAUCAAUUACACAUCAAUAGCGACUAUGAUAUUACCGUUAUGGAACCAUGGGAACAUCGUGGACUUUCAAGACCUCGUUCGCGACAUUGACUUCACCGGAGGCUUGAAACGGACUGGCGGAGCCAUCGAAUACAUGAUAGCUGUGACGAAGUUCCGAGCAGGAGCACGUAAGGUGGCUGUAGUUGUGACAGAUGGAAGCUUACAGGAUUCAUUCUAUUUUGCGGUGAGUUACCUUAAAGGCACUUUGAUUUUCCUUUUCAGAAUUGAAAUAUUCCCAAGCAGCCUUUGUAACUCUUGCCUUUCCUUUUGGGUCAGUCCACUCUCACUGAGUCGAGUUUGUGCCGAGCAUCAAUACUUCUGACUUAAGCCCCGGUUUUACCUCCCUGAACAUAGUCCCACGUAAUCGGCCAAAAUCUAAGGUGACGGACCAUAUGACAAUUUGUAAUAGCCGCAGCAACAGCCAGACCAAUAAAUGAAUAAAUCUGGUCAUAUUUUGUAACUACAUGUUAUUUUUUCAUCAAAGAACGCCUAAAUGAACGU